UUUUUCUCAAAAAUCGAACACUACGACUUCAAUCCUUUAGUGUAAUAUCUUUUACUUUUCAGCGCGACCCUCUAACUCCUGUGUAAAAGAAAUGAAAGGGCGAGAGUGGAGCUUUCAGGUAUCCUUGUAGCCCCCUUAUAUUCACGUAGGGAGGGGGCCCACGUGCACAAGUAGCAAUGGGGGGGGGGAAUGUCUGACAAGGACAAUCAAAUGGUUGCCUCAUCUGACAAGCGAGUCUGUUUUGCCUCGCACGCUUGCACCCGCUCACCCCUCUCCCACCUCCUGGCGGCAGUAACGAGCGUUUGAUUGGCUCGCACAGGGAAAUCCCAAGGAAAGCCCUCCUCCCUCCCUUCCGCCCCUUCGUGUUGACAACAAGACACAAGUGUCGUGUUUCCGCUGUCUUGCCUUCAUAUUGCAUCAGCCAGACCAAAAAAAAAAAAAGAAAGCUUAAAUAGUGUUUGGGCUCCCCCGGCAACAUUCCGACCUCGCAAUCCUACACGAGACACAUACCUCACUCAAAUUUUGCUUUCCUGAAAAUUUAGUCGACGUUUGGCAUUUGAAGUUACUUUUUUUGCAUUUGUUCAUCAGAUUACAGUGCAGCUUUGUAUGCAUUGGUCACUUUUUUGAUUUUCUUUUUUUUCUUUUUUUUUUCUUUUGGAAAUUAGAAUAUGUUCAAUAGCUUGAGCUGGGAACAAAACAACACUUCAGUCCGCUUUGAUUUGGAUCACGACAGGCGCGAUCGCUUUAAGUUCCACCGGCCCAAAAGACAAAUUUUGUUGUUAUUACUCAGUCGCACACGAGAGAGGAAACAUGCCACUUAAAAGCAAGAGACCAACUAUUGUCUCAGAUGAGGAGAAAUGCCAGUCCAUCUUUUCGGCAGUGGCCUACGUCAUGAAGCACCUGGGGGUUAAGACCAGGGCGGUGGACAGCAAGAAGUCCCGAGGGGGCUUCUUCCGCAGUAAGCUGGUCAAGAACAAGAAGGACGAGUCCACAAAGACCAAGCCCAGAGGCGGCUUCCCCGGGAUCCCAAGCUGGAUUGCUGGCAACCCUGAGGUCAAACCUAAAAUGGAAGCCGAAGCGGACAGGGAGAAAGGGAGUCAGGAGCGUAAAGGUCCGACGCCCGUCCGGGGAAACUUCGCCGACCCGACGGCGCCCGCACUCCCCGGCAGGAAGUUGGGAUCCGGCUCUGGGGGCGGCGGCUCCGGCCCCUUGCCUUUGGUGGAGAUCACCGACGGCUCGGGAAACAACGCCAGCCUGAGCAACAGCCCCGAGGCCCUGCACCCUGAUGGGCUCCCCAGCAAUCGUCUGGAGCCGCUCAUCUUGUCCGAAUGGCCUGACGUCUCCCCCGUAGGCCCGGGGGCCUCGCUGGGCGUCGGGGAGCCCUUCUUGGUCAGCGACACCCCCAUAGAGGAGAACCCGGAGAAAGACAGACGCAGGACAAGUAAGAAGGUCGCGCGUAGCGAGAGCGCUCGCGUGGCCCGCCAGCCGUCACGCCGUCGCGGCUCUUCCCGGGCCAAACAGUCGCGCUCUCGUAGCGACGUGGACCUGCAGCCGCUGUCAGCCGCGGCCACACUCGGCUCCCAUUUCAAUGAAGGAGCGACAACAGCUGCUUCGGAGGGCUCCGGGUCGUCGCCCGCCAGCCCCGCCCCCCAACCCGAGGAGAUGGAGCCGCGCCUGCUGGAGUUCGAGCAGGAGCCGCCCAACUGGAAGGAGCUGGCCUCCCCAGAGGUGCUGUCCAGCCUUAGCAAAAAGGAGACCAAGAGGCAGGAGGUCAUCAACGAGUUGUUCGCCACAGAGCACGCCCACGUGCGCAUGCUAAGCGUCCUACAGAUGGUCUUCUCCAAGCCUCUGGAGCGGGAGGAGCUCCUCACCUCCACCGAGCUGUCAGCCAUCUUCCCCAAUCUGGACGAGAUCAUCGAAAUGCACUAUCACCUCUACGAGAACCUGAAGAAACUUCGUCUGGAGGAUAAUUUUAUCGUCAAAUCUAUCAGCACCACUGUUCUCAACAGAUUUGAGGGCACGGAAGGGGAAUGGUUCCAGAAGCUGACGGCCCGCUUCUGCAGUCACCAGUCCUGGGCCCUGGACCAGAUCAAAAGCAGGCAGAAGAAAGAGGCUCGCUUCAAUGCCUUCAUCCAGGAGGCGGAGAGCAAGCCGCAGUGUCGGAGGCUGCAGCUGAAGGACAUCAUUCCCAUCGAGAUGCAGAGGCUCACCAAGUAUCCGCUGCUCCUGGAAAACAUCGCUAAGAACACAGAGGAUCCCGGUGAGAAAGAGCGCAUCCAUCAGAGCGCCGAGUGCUGCCGAAAGAUCCUCAACCACGUCAACGAGGAGGUCAAAGACAUGGAGAAUCUUCUGACGCUCAAGGACUACCAGCGGCGAUUGGACACGUCAGGACUCAAGCCCAGUAAUGAGCUCUAUACGGAAUAUAAGAACAUAGACCUGACGCAGAAGAAGAUGCUGUAUGAAGGCCCCCUCACUUGGAAGGUCACCAAGGAGAAGGCUGUCGAGGUGCAAUGCGUGCUGCUGGGCGACCUGCUGGUGCUCCUGCAGAGGCAGGACGACAAGAUGGUACUCAAGUGCCAGAGCAAGAGCAUCAUCGCCGUGCAGGAGGGCAAGCAGAUGCUCAGCCCCAUCAUCAAGCUCGACUCGGCUUUCCUGCGCGAGGUGGCCACCGAUUUAAAGGCCUUCUACGUGAUCUUCACCUGGGACAGCGGCGCGCAGAUCUACGAGCUGGUAGCUCAGUCCGUGGGCGAGAGGAAACUUUGGACCAAUGUGAUCAAAUCAGCUGUAGAUGAUCUGAAGAGGAGCGGAGCACCCAUGAGGAUCACCCUCCCUCCUGGAAGUGGAGCCGGAUUUAAUCCUUCUGGGCUGAGCGCCCCCCAGAGCCCCACAGAAAAUGGCGGUUUGAAGAGUAGUGCUGAUCGCGAUAAGGACGGCUUGAGCGACGACAAGUCAUCCGAUCCCCGGCACUCUCUGAUCGAUUUCCUGUCUGACAAAGGCUUCGACCUCCUCGGACACUCCAACAGCUGUCAAGAAAAGAUUGCCGCCAACGCCCUGGAUGAAGUCAUGCUGCUGAAGAGGCUGCUGGUUGGGAGCAUCAGCCUUUUGGAGGAUGGAGAAAAUGGGGAGGAGCCCAGUCUAGAAAUGGACAGCUGUCAAUCAACAGAAGAAGGCCAGCCGGCGGAGCGCGGCCCCGAGGAGGAGAAAGAAGGCUUCGGCCCCAAGGGGGACACGGAGAGCCUUCCCUCGGAGACUGCCAGCCUGGUGUUGUCCCCGGAGAGGAUGGUGGAAGUGUACCGGAGGCUCGCCAGCCUGGAGCAGCAAAUCAAGAAACUCCAGACGGUGGAAGAGGAACAUCACAGGCUACAGGAGGCUUUGUCCAAGUUCUCGUUGGAGGGCGGUGACUUUGCCUAAGAUGCCAUCACACCACCUGCUGGCCAUUAGACUUUUUUUUUUGUUGUUUUUUUUAACUGGUGCUGAUUUGGAGUGCAAGAAGCUUUUCCGAAAACGUCCGCAAGCUUUCCCUUCACAAAGAAAACGCUCGGAUGGGUCCUGGAUAUUUGCUGGAAGCUGAGCGAGGGGAGGAAAAUGGCUUUUGCGGCCAGUGCUGUGGGAUGUGUGUGCUUGUGUACGCCACAUUGUAGCAUGAUGUUGCAUCGCCGACUGUUAUGUAGCGCAGCGUUCCGCUGAUUUGCGUAGCGCUGUGCUCCGUAACAUGACAAAGCACGGUGUUAACGUUCUGUUACGUAAUAUUACUGCAUGUUACAUUUUGUGGCGUAUAGCAUUAUGCUGCCUAGCGUAGUGCAACGUAACAUAGUGUCGCGUUGCACGGAUUUGAAAGAACCAAAAAUAUAAGACCUCUUUUGAGUGUUUAUUUGCGGAGAGAUUCCAAAAACAAGUGACAGAAUCAAUACUUUUUCUUGCCUCAGAAGAAGCGGUUGAUCUUCACAUAUUCACCGCUGAAGGAAUCACAAGAAAUCACUCAUAGUCCCCCCUCCCCCCCUCCCCCAAAAAAUAAAAGAAAACAUGCAAGUUGCCUUAGGAAGCCGUUGUUACAAAAGGCUGCACGGUGUUAUUUCUUUGCCAAAGUACAACGAAAAUGCACAUCUUUUAUUCUUAGCGUUGAAAGUGACGGCGAGUAAACAGCGCGUGUGGAUGUGUGGGGUUGUUGAUUUUCUGGAGGCUUCUGAUCGUAACAAACGUCACUGUCUUUAGGAAAUAGGGCUCACCCAACAAAGCUGUUAAUAAUGGAGAUCUUCUUUGUGUUGACUGUUAUUUAUUCCUUUUUGGUUUUUGCCCCGAGUGGACGCGAGGCAGCGCUGGGCCCAACCGAGAGCGUUGACGUAGACGUGAAGGCUAACAUAGGAAGUAGAACAAAUGCAACGGAGCAAAAACGUGUCAGAGUAGUUUGGUUUGAGUGAACAAGAUGCAAGUCGAUAGUUAUUGUUAUCAGAACAGUGGACAAUGUCAGAGUAGGAUAGGAAAGUUACGCAAUACCAUAUUUUCUCAAAUUGUGGUCACCCCUUCCAAUAGAUCGACCGGUGUCAUCCGCUUACGGAAAACUGAAUGCCUCCCUCGGGGAAAGAAACGGUAGUGUCGCGUCUUACUACAGACUUUUGCAGUAUUAAAGCUGAUCGUAUCAGAUGUGACGCUUACCAUUAAUCACAGAAGAAAAAUAAAUGCCUGUACGGACCUAAUAUCAACAACCAUUUCAACUCCGCUGCUAACCAAAAACAGCAGCACCUACCAAAACUGAGAAAUCAAAGUGUAGAGACUUAGCAAAGCUAAUUUUAGCAGUAGAAAUUGUGACGGUUUGUUUGAUGCACGUCUGACAAUUAAAGCUUCCAUUUACAUAACAAAUGUAACGAAUGUAGACAUAAAGUUCAUCAAUGCCGUCUUCCAAAUACGGCAUUGUAAUUCCACAGAAGGCCGGGCCGCUAUUUGUGGAAAUAGGCUAAGUCCACAAUGGUAAAACCGGAGGGCUCGGCGCUGCUACACUUGCAGAUGACUGACAUGAGUCUUCAACACCAUUUGCAUUGGUGAUUUUCUUAAGCAGUGCAGGACCAAAGAGGCAAAAAUGAUGCUCCUAUUUCAUGUACUUUUUUUUUUUUUUUAACUCCACGUGGUGCCUGCCCCGCAAAUAAACAGAGUUCUUAUUUCGAAUGUAUUUGAAAGAAACCCAAAAUAGAGCAGAAAGGUGCCCAAUGUAAAAUCAGUUUUGGCGGCAAAUUGUGACGCAGUCCAAACGCAGACUGGAGAAGACCUUGAUCGUGCGACGUAUGAAUUUGAUUUGGAUGUGCCAAACACUUGAGGUCAAAAACGUACUAUUAUUGUAUUGUUAGAUGGAGGGAGGGGGGUGGGGGCUUCACAUAAUACAUGCUGCCAUUUCUAUAGAGUAUUGGAAUUGGCCAAACAAUGAGAAUUUAGGGCUCGCAACUUGUAUUAUAUUUCCAGAAUGUACCAUAUUUGUCUCUUAUACGUGAUGACUAUGCAAGAAGUAUACUGUGUAUUUUGGGUUUUGAUUUUACUGAGGCUGUUUAAAUGAUGUACACUUUAAGGAAAACAAAUGUGGUACGUAGUUUUUUUCUUUUUUUUUAAUAAAUUGGGGAAGUAAGUG